UUGAGUGGCGAGCUGACUACCAUUAUGUUCGACCUAAAAUUUCUGUGGGUGCUUCUCUUGCAGGUCUUGCGCGCAACAACAGAAAGCGUUGUCGACUGCCCACCAAAAACGGCUGAUACUCUACCUGUUAAAAACUGCAAUUUUUAUUGUGGCCAGCAUUCAAACGGUGUUUGGAGGAUGGGAUACUACGUUAAUGGGACUGAGUGUGUCUACAGUUACGAAGAAGGAAACGGAAUUUGCGCCCAGCUAGAAGGAUCCGCUGGUUGUCAUUCGCCCAACGACGAUGACGUUAAAGCGUUCCUGCACAAACAUUUUGAUACAUCGCAGAAGAAGCGUUCCAAAAAAGAAAGUAAGAAGAGUUCCAAUUGUGGCAAGGGACCUAAGCAAAAGAAACAGAAGAGCCCGAAAGAUAGUUCAAAAAAGACUAAGAAGGUUAAAAAAGACAAGAAAAAGUUCAAGAAGAAUUCGUAGCCGGAU